AUGGAGGGAGAGGAACACAAGGCGGGCGUGCUGCGUGCAGGAAAAGAGGAGGAGGGCAAAGGACGACGACAGGCGGGCGGCGGGGAUUUUUUUUUCUUGGGGGGGAGAAGAAGCAAAGCAGGCAGGCAGGAGGGAGGGAGGGAGGGAGGGAGACAAGACGGGCGGAGAGAGAGGGAGAGAGAGGGAGGCAGAAGGGCAGCAGAAGGGCAGAGAGGCACAGCGGCAGCGGCAGCAGAGAGUUUCCUGGCAGGCUCCACCAAGCUUAAGAUGAAGCAGGCAGACACAGAUGGACAGCAGGCAGAGGAGAAAGGGGAGACCUACAGUGAAGGAGGAGGGCCGGUGACUGAGGACGACGCUGACGAUGGGACAGACGAACGACAGCCGAAGACGGCAGACGAAGAUGAUGCUGUGACGGCAGAGAAAAGAGCCGGACGGUGGAUGGAAUAUAGAAGACGACGACGAAGAAGCUGGGAAGGUCGAAGCUCGCCAGGUCUCUCUCCCAAGAAGAACUGCUCUACCCGGCAGAAAGCAGGAGACAGCAGAGCAGACGGACGGCGGAGACAAGACGAAGAUGCAAGACGAAGAAAAGGAAGAAGAAAAGAGAAAGGGGAAAGGGAGCUGGUUAAGAAGAAGAAGAAGAAGAAGAAGAAGGGGGAAAAAAGUGACCCCCAUCCAUCGCCAGUCAGUCUCCCUACUAACUACCUAUUAUUUACUUUGCUGCUUGCUCGACCUACUUUUUUUAAGUACGCUUGCUCGCAAAAACAAGCCCGCCUGCCAGACAGACGCCAGGCAGGCAGGCAGAGCUGCCACCAGGCGUCGGAGGGCGGAGGAGACGAUGCAGCUCCCUCCGCGAUCAACCCAUCAUCCAUCAUCCAUGUCUACGGGAAGCCCUACGGGUUCUAA